AUGACUGAGCAAGCACCAAGACGAAAAAAAAGUGUGUGGAGAAUUAUAUUCGAAGUAAUCAUGUUUAUUGUUGUACUAUUUUGCAUAUACGUAUUCUAUAAAAGUAAAUAUGAUACAUAUAACCUGUACUCAAGUGCAUAUGUAAGAACAACACCAUCAUAUACAGCAGCAGAAGCUGAAGCAACCAAAAAACGUGUACUUAAUUAUCUAAACACUAUGUAUGGCAAUGGAGCAACAGACACAUAUAAUCCACACAAGGAUAGACCAACAGCAAGAGAUACAUCAGCAUAUACACCAACAUAUAGUCCAACAUAUACGCCAGUAUAUACAGCAACAUCAGCAUAUACACCAACAUAUGGAGAUAGUGAUGCACAUUCUAGCCAAGAAGAAACUCCAGUGAUUGAGAAUAGCCGAACAGAAACUCCAGCCACUAUGGUGAAUGAAGGAGAUAGACUUUAUUGGUCUUCAGUAUUUCCUAGUUGGCCAGCUAUUGAGUUUAUUCAGAAUAAUGGAGCAGCGGAAGGUCUACAGGCCCAACCAAACACUCCUCCUCCACCAUAUUCAACUUUGCCACCG